AUGUUGAUUGGAGAGUCGCCAAUUGCUGCGGGAGCGAGUGAGCGGCCCGCGUUGCGGUCCGCCGUGUCCUCGACACAGGAGUCCCGGUCGAGGGGCAGGCAGCGCGGCGGGGCCGCCGCCACUGCCGCAGGUCCACCUACAGGUGCCAAAACGUCUUGGAUCCGCAGUGCAUCCACUUCGAGUCUCAGACGGCUGCAGAGAGGUCCCCCACAUGCGCAUGCCGGGCCCCAUACGCCAGGCUCGAAUACUUCCGGGGCUGCGAAUCCGCAAUUGUUGGUCACUAGAUCUCACAUCAGUCAGUCGCCGAGGCCCAAGGACGUCGAAAUCAGCGAGAUGGGGCCCCUGCCGCCGUCAUUGGCGCCCUGGGGCGGGUACGCGGACAUGAUAGACCAUCCGAAGCAGGAUGAACAGCGACACGGUCACACUCACGCUCACGUUCAGGGCGCUGUGAACGGUGGUGACUAUGACGAUUAUGACGAGAGCCUCGUGCUGGACGUUCUGCCCUCCUUUGAAAUGUACAACGCACUGCACAGGCAUAUACCACAGGGCAACGUCAACCCGGAUAGACACGACUUCCCGCCCACGUACGGUGAAGCUGCAGAGUUGCAAAAGGGACGUGGUGGUAGCAGUGGUAGUAGUAGCAGGGUAGGGAUCGCGGGGGACCCAGCGGGUCUCAGCAGAACACUCUUGCCCACAACAGCACCAACUUUAUCCAUGGAAUCGACAAUCAACAGUCUGCGACCACUGUCCACGCAGCAUAUGCAGAUUGGCAUGCCUGAAGGAACCUCCGUGGGACCAGGGAACGGUGGCAGUAUUAGAGGACUACCCGCCAGGUCGGUGAGCGAGGAUAUGAUCCAGGAUGAUGUGAACGAGAACGACAACAUCGCCAUUGACAAACUGUACACGCUGCCCAAGAAGGCCACACCGAUCAAUAUCGACAUCAAGAUCACGAAACACGCCUCAUUACCCCCGCAGAAACCAGAGGACGAGUCCAUCCUCAAGGAGUACACCUCAGGGUCGCUGCUCCACGGGUACUGCACAAUAGAGAACAAGGGGACCGUCCCCUUGAAGUUCGAAAUGUUCUACGUCACAUUGGAGGCCUAUACCUCCGUGAUCGACAAGCAACGAGGGAAAAGAACCGUGAAAAGGUUUUUGAGGAUGGUCGAUCUCAGCGCGUCCUGGUCGUAUACGAAUAUAGAUUUGGGCACCGGGUUCCGAAUGCUCCCAGGGUCUGUAGACUACGACAACACGAUAUUGGGACUCAACAAUAACAGGAUCCUUGAGCCGGGUACAAAGUACAAGAAAUUCUUUGUGUUCAAACUGCCACGACAACUGCUCGACGUCACAUGUAAGCAGCAACACUUCGCUCACUGCCUGCUGCCACCCAGUUUUGGGAUAGACAAGUAUAGGAACAAUUGCAAAUAUUCAGGAAUUAAAGUCAACAACGUGCUGGGUUGCGGUCACUUGGGGUCGAAGGGGUCCCCCAUUUUGACGCUAGACCAUGUUGACGACGAUCUGUCCGUCAAUUACACCGUGGACGCAAGGAUCGUGGGGAAGGACAUGAAGACGCAGAUGCUGAACAUAAUGAAGGAAAGGGAGUACAAUAUUAGGUUCAUACCUUUCGGGUUCCAUUCCUCCUCCGUGGGUGAGAGAGACCCCUCGCGACAGCUGCGAGACAUCAUGUUGCUGAUUGAGGAACGGCUAAGCGCUUUGAAGAAAGUGUUCCAAAGAUUGGAGAAGAACGAGCCUAUUAAAAAUUCUGACAUCAAUGGGACAGAACUGGCGGGAACAUUAGAAGAGGACACUGUGGCGCUGGACACGCGAGGUAUCCUUGAAAGGAAAAUGAACCAACUACAACUUCAAAACAACAACACUCUGACCCAAAGAACCGCUUCACCCUUUGACGACAUCGAAAAAUCGGAGCCGAGGGAACCCCUGGUGGAGUCCGAGUUGAACUACCGCUUGAAGUCCAAGUCCUCCUCAAAGAUAGGCUUGUUUUCAGGGUUCCGUUCCAACAGUUCACAAACACUGUCCUCCGCGAAUGGCAGUACGACUGGUGGAUCCACAGCGAGCAUGGAAAAGCCGAGAAAGACGGACAAAUCCGGGCUCAUCCUCGUCGCGUCAAAGAUUCCCGUGAACUCUUUGCCCUACUGGUCGCCUUCUCUAUUGCGUAAGACGAACAAGUUUGAGAAACAGACGAGAAGCGCACAAGAAAACUGGGAACGUAUGAGGAACUCUAUCACUGAAGAGGAGAAGACCCCCUUGAAGAACCUCACAUUGAACCUCACGUGUCUUCAAUCCAAUAACAGCAUGGAGCACGAGCCACCGCAGAUCCAAUCUGUGACCACCGAGUUGGUGAUAGUAACCGGGAUGUCCGAGAAUUCCGUGCCCAUACGGUUAAACGCGUCGCUUUUGAUGAACAGUGACAAGAUCCAUAACAUCAGCGAGCAGUUCCGCGUGUAUUUGGACAAGAUCGAGAGUUACGCCGUAAAGUUUAGAGAGAACAGAGACAAGUUGAACGAGCUGUACAACAAGAACAGCAGGAUCACGCAACAGCGCAUCUUGCAAUUCACAGACUUCAUCCCCAGUUCAAUGUAUAACAACGUUGAGAGUCUGUCGAAUUUGAAGGUGAAAGUGCAAACGCUAGGGCACGUGUUCAAGAAGCAGACCGAUACGCUACGAGACGAUUACAUAUCUCCAACUGCGUCCAAGACUAGUCUCCAGGGGCUCGGCGGUGGUGGUGGUAGCGGUAGUGGCUCGAACAGUGGUAGCAAUACACCACAUUUACCCCAUGUGAAGCAGCCGACGUCCGCUAAAUUCGCAGAACAAAUUGUGCGGCAGUGGGUCAAGAAGGCCGACGCGCAUUUUGAGCGGGAAAUCAACGUCAACCUGGAGUACAACACAAACCUCGUGGAGACGCUCGUACCCAGCUUCGAGAGUUGCCUGUGUUGCCGUUUCUACUGCGUGCAAGUACACAUCAAGUUCCACCACGCGGGGAGUGUCGAAUUGAAGAUACCCGUAACCGUACGGCACUUCGAGUGCUGA